UCUCGCUCAGCCGGCCGCCCGCAUGGCGCUGCGCAGCUUCUGCAGCGCUGAUGGCUCUGAUCCGCUCUGGGACUGGAAUGUCACAUGGUACACCAGCAAUCCUGACUUUACCAAGUGCUUUCAGAACACGGUCCUCACAUGGGUGCCUUGUUUCUACCUCUGGUCCUGUUUCCCCCUCUACUUCCUUUAUCUCUCUCGACAUGACCGGGGCUACAUCCAGAUGACACACCUCAACAAAGCCAAAACUGCCUUAGGAUUCUUUCUGUGGCUCAUCUGCUGGGCAGACCUGUUUUACUCUUUCUGGGAAAGAAGUCAGGGAGAGGUCCUAGCCCCGGUGUUACUGGUCAGUCCGACACUGCUGGGCAUCACCAUGCUGCUCGCCACCUUUUUAAUUCAGCUUGAGCGAAGGAAAGGAGUCCAGUCCUCGGGGAUUAUGCUUACGUUCUGGCUUGUAGCCCUACUCUGUGCCCUUGUCAUCUUGAGAUCUAAGAUCAUCUCUGCCUUAAAAAAGGAUGCGCAAGUUGACGUGUUUCGAGAUUCCACAUUCUAUCUGUACUUCACCCUUGUGCUCCUUCAGCUCGUGCUGUCCUGCUUCUCAGACUGCUCACCCCUGUUCUCUGAAACUGUCCAUGACCUGAAUCCAUGUCCAGAAUCGAGCGCCUCUUUCCUUUCCAGGAUCACUUUCUGGUGGAUCACAGGCAUGAUGGUGCAGGGCUACCGCCAGCCCCUGGAGAGCAGUGACCUCUGGUCACUAAAUAAGGAGGACACGUCAGAGGAAGUGGUACCUGUGCUGGUGAAUAACUGGAAGAAGGAAUGUGCUAAGUCGAGGAAGCAGCCUGUGCCGAUUGUGUAUGCCUCUUCCAAAGAUCCCACCAAGUCUAAGGGAAGUUCCCAGUUGGAUGUGAAUGAGGAAGUCGAGGCACUGAUUAUCAAGUCGCCCCACAAGGACCGGGAGCCCUCUCUGUUCAAGGUGUUAUACAAGACUUUCGGGCCCUACUUCCUCAUGAGCUUCCUGUACAAGGCCCUCCAUGACCUGAUGAUGUUUGCUGGCCCCAAGAUCUUGGAAUUGAUUAUCAACUUCGUGAAUGACAGGGAGGCCCCUGACUGGCAGGGCUACUUUUACACAGCACUGCUGUUUGUCAGCGCCUGUCUGCAGACACUGGCACUCCACCAGUACUUUCAUAUCUGCUUCGUCACUGGCAUGCGCAUCAAGACUGCCGUGGUGGGCGCUGUCUACCGCAAGGCUCUGGUGAUCACCAAUUCAGCUAGAAAAUCUUCCACGGUUGGAGAGAUUGUCAACCUCAUGUCUGUGGAUGCUCAGCGCUUCAUGGACUUGGCCACGUACAUUAACAUGAUCUGGUCAGCCCCUCUGCAAGUCAUCCUAGCCCUCUACUUCCUGUGGCUGAGCCUGGGCCCUUCUGUGCUGGCUGGGGUGGCUGUGAUGAUCUUCAUGGUGCCAUUCAAUGCUGUGAUGGCCAUGAAGACCAAGACCUACCAGGUGGCACACAUGAAGAGCAAAGACAACCGAAUCAAGCUGAUGAAUGAAAUCCUCAACGGGAUCAAAGUACUCAAGUUGUACGCCUGGGAGCUGGCUUUCCAGGACAAAGUUAUGAGCAUCAGGCAGGAGGAGCUGAAGGUGCUGAAGAAAUCUGCUUACCUGGCGGCUGUGGGCACAUUCACGUGGGUUUGCACACCUUUCCUGGUGGCUCUGUCAACCUUUGCUGUCUUUGUGACUGUAGAUGAGAGAAAUAUCCUAGAUGCAAAGAAAGCCUUCGUGUCCCUAGCCCUAUUCAAUAUCUUGCGCUUCCCACUCAACAUCCUGCCCAUGGUCAUCAGCAGCAUUGUGCAGGCCAGUGUAUCUCUCAAGCGUCUCAGGAUCUUUCUGUCUCAUGAGGAGCUGGAGCCAGACAGCAUUGAGCGGCGGUCGAUCAAGGAUGGUGGAAGAAUGAAUAGCAUCACCGUAAAGAAUGCGACCUUCACUUGGGCCAGGGGUGAACCUCCCACACUGAAUGGCACUGGGGAAGCAGAAAUGGGAAGAUUCCUUUGGCUCAAUAGCCUGUUUGGGACCCCACAUGGCUCUUUUCACUGGCAGAUAACUGCAUACUUGAACUGGCUGGUUCGAAUGUCCUCUGAGAUGGAGACCAACAUUGUGGCAGUGGAGAGACUAAAGGAGUAUUCUGAAACAGAAAAGGAGGCUCCUUGGCAGAUCCAGGAGACAGCUCCACCCAGCACCUGGCCCCAUUUAGGCCGUGUAGAGUUCCGGGAUUACUGCUUGAGGUAUCGAGAAGACUUGGACUUGGUUCUCAAGCACAUAAAUGUCACCAUCGAGGGUGGAGAAAAGGUUGGUAUUGUGGGUCGUACGGGAGCUGGGAAGUCAUCUCUCACUCUGGGUUUGUUCCGGAUCAAUGAGUCUGCAGAAGGGGAGAUCAUCAUCGAUGGGGUAAAUAUCGCCAAGAUUGGCCUGCACAACCUGCGCUUCAAGAUCACCAUCAUUCCACAGGAUCCUGUUUUGUUUUCGGGUUCCCUCCGCAUGAACCUGGACCCUUUCAGUAAGUAUUCUGAUGAAGAAGUCUGGAUGGCUCUGGAGCUUGCUCACCUGAAGGGCUUUGUGUCAGCCUUGCCUGACAAGCUGAACCAUGAGUGUGCAGAAGGUGGAGAGAACCUGAGUGUGGGGCAGCGACAGCUUGUGUGCCUGGCUCGUGCUCUGCUGAGGAAGACAAAGAUUUUAGUAUUGGACGAGGCUACAGCAGCUGUGGACCUAGAGACAGAUGACCUCAUUCAGUCCACCAUCCGGACGCAGUUUGAAGACUGUACUGUGCUCACGAUUGCGCAUCGGCUUAAUACCAUAAUGGACUAUACAAGGGUGAUUGUCCUGGACAAAGGAGAAGUUCGGGAGUGUGGUGCACCCUCUGAGCUCCUGCAGCAAAGAGGCAUCUUCUAUAGCAUGGCCAAGGAUGCUGGUUUGGUGUGAGCUGGUCUCUGGCAUACCCAGUGAGGACUGCAGGGCCAGGACCCCAGUAUCCAGGCAUGAGCCAGCAACCCUGGAAACCUAUGCUUCCCAGACAAAAACCAAAAAUUAAAAAGAAAACCAAACUAAAAGGAAGCAAAACACAUAAAGCAUCGUCACCAUUUGGCCCCGUCCUGGAUCUGACCUUGAAGAAUCUGGAAGACAGAUGCACCCCACUUCAGAUACACGUCUGGUCUCUGGCACCACUUGUAAGGCUCCCUGAAAGUUCACCCAUGUUCCUGUGGUAUCCCACAGCAAGGCCACGGGCAGCUAAACAUACUAAUGACCAAACACAAGCCACUGCCUCAUGUCUCUUCACCCACCUCCGUGGAUGCCAAGCCUUGUAGCCUCUCCUGGCCCUGACAGCUCUUCUGUCACCUAUAGUCCUGUUGGUUACAGAAGAGUGCAUCUUGCCUCAGGUCUUGCAGUUGAAAGCAUGGGAACCAAAACGAACAAACAAAAAAGAGAGAAGGAAAACUCCUAAAAAAUCCUGUCCCUGUUAUGUCAGUGAUGUCCCCUUCCUGCCGUCAUCUGGUCUUCACAUGCUCUGACACCGUUCCCGACGUUCAGCACAGCUUUCACAGGCUGUGCUUUAGAUAGCCUUGUGAAGGGAUCUAGCCAGACAGGCUUGGAAGGCAGCAUUCCCUUCACAAGGACUUGCACCCUGCCCUUGCCUUCUGUUUCUUCCUGUCCAUAGUUGGAGAGGGCUUACUCACCACAUAGGAUCUAUGAAUAGUUAUAAGCAGCAAAAGUCAAGAGCAGGAGGGAUGGUGCCAACAUGUAAGAAUUGGGUAUCAAAAACAGCCAGAGUCCCCUAUAGGACAAGAAGAGAACCACUCAUAAAUAUCAGUGAUUGCCCCCCUCUCAGCUUUUGAGCAUCAUUCCUGGGAGAAAGAUAGUCCCAAGAUUUUGAUGUCUAGGGAGGAGAUGCUAGACUGAGGAUUAGCCACGCCCAGCUCUACAGUUGAUCCUCAGUCUGAAUUCUUCAACGUGGUUCUCUAGGUGUGUGGGUUACAGACCAAAGAGAGAUCCCAUGGUCAGCAAGAACUUGGUGCCAGCUGCAGUUCAUCCUUGCUAUGAAUUUUGGCUCUGAUUUCAGUCCCAGAGAAGCAUCCUUUUUCUUUAGGUGACAAUGUAUAUAUUUAUUUUUUUUGUAAGUUAAUAAUUCUUUCACUUUAAAGGACCCAGAUUUCUCCUGAGAGUCUUUUUGUAAUGACACUGGAAAUGUGACUAUUUGAAAAUAAUUUGCAGUAAAGAAAAAUAUUUCAUUUCUUUCUAAACAACCAUUUUAUUUUCUUUUGGGCACGAAGGUCUCCAGCCUCUACUGUGGAAGAAUCAGGCUAGGACAGCUAUGAUACCACGGCCGUCAGUGGCGGCUCAGCAGUUGGUGCUUGCUCCUCUUAGAGGACUGAAGUUCAGUUCCCAGCCCCUGUGUGCAGUGUCUUACAACUGCUUAUAUCUCUGGCUCCAAGGGGCCAGUGCCCCUUUCUGGACAAAUUAAAAAUAAAAAAGAGAUGGGGGAGGCCAAAUUAAGAGCUGCCUGGAGUCUGGCAGUGAGUCAGAAUGGCAAAGUACACAAAUAUCUGGGCUUGAGUCCUACUGUCAUUUUUUGGACACGUGACCCUGGACAAAGCUGUGUGCCUCAGUGACAAGUGUCCCAAAUUUUUGUAGUGGGUGGGGCUGAUCUGUACUGACACUGUAUAAGAUCUUGGGAAAUGGGGCUAGUGAGAUGGCUCAGUUGGUAAAGUGCUUGCCAUCUGUGCAGGGAAACCUGCAUUCCAAUCCACAACAUAAAAGCCAAGUAGCAUACAAUUCCCCACACUGGGGAGGAAACAGGAGCAACUUGGGGUUCUCUAGCCAAAGUCACUUACGCUCCAGUGAGAGCAUAAGGUAGGAGCUAGAGCAAUGCCUCAGUGGUUAGGAAUCCAUGAUAUACCUGGAGAGGACCCAGGUUCAGUCCCUUGCACCCAUAUUGGACAGCUCAGAACUAUCUGUAACUUGAGUUUCUGGCCUCUAAGGUCACCUGCACUCAUGUGCAUAUAAAAGCAAACUUACAUACACAAAACAAAAUGAAUCU